CGAGUCGGCCCUGUGGGAGUCGCUGCUCGCCGCACCGUCUCCAGCGCCCGCGCCGGCCCUGGCCGCUCUGAACGAUGGACCCAUGCUUGGCGACGACGCCGGCGUGGACAACGUGGACAAUGAAGACCUGUGGGAGACGCUGCUGGCCCCCGUCACACCCAGGCCCUUGGACUUGGACUUGACCGGGGGGUCGAGCAGCGCGAGCAGCGCGCACGGCGAGGCUGACUUGGCCCCGGGCAAGGCUCAGUCCCACGCCGAGGUCCUGGACACCGCCAACGAGGGCGGGCACCCUGCGACGCCCACGCCGACGGUGCGGCGGCAACCCGACGCCGUGUCCCUGGCGUUUGUGUUCGACUCGACAGGGUCGAUGUCGGGGGAGCUGGCGGAGCUGAAGAAGGGUGCGGAGGACAUCCUGAACGCGACGCUCAGCCGGCCAGACAAGCCCAUCCACGACUUCGUGUUCGUCCCCUUCAAUGAUCCAGGCAUUGGGCCAGCAACUGUCACGACAGAUGCAGAAACCUUCAAGGCUCAGUUAGAUGCAGUUAAUGUGACAGGUGGGAGUGACUGCCCCGAACCGUCCUUGGCUGCGCUCCUCGAGGCCCUGCGUUUGGUGCGCCCAAAUUCAUUUGUUUAUGUUUUUACUGAUGCAUCUGCAAAGGAUUAUUUCCUUUUACCAGAUGUCCUAGCACUAGUACAACGCAAACAAACACAGGUAGUGUUUGUGAUGACUGGCAACUGUAAAGAUGACAACACUGCUCGGUAUCAGUCCAUGGAAAAUAUUGCAACUGCAAGCUCUGGACAAGUGUAUCACAUAAACAAAACAGAGGUUAAAAAUGUUUUAAGCUUUGUAAGGCAAACACUAGAAUCUCAAAAGGUCAAUCUAGUUUCUGUAGAUUUACCAAAAGCUUCCAAAACAGAACAUGCUGUACAGGUAGAUGAAACUAUCCGGGAGUUCACUGUGUCAGUAUCAGGUAUAAAUCCUCAGAUCUCAGUGGUAGAUCCUGCUGGGGCAAGGCUAAACAAUUCACCUCUAAUGCAAAAAAUCUUGGAUUUGGACAAUGUUAAGGUCAUUGCAGUUAAAGAACCAUCUCGAGGAUCAUGGACAGUAGAAACAUCAAGUGAUUCUAAGCAUGCGAUUCGUCUAACAGGACUUAGUGUCGUUGAUUUUUCAUAUGGUUUCUCAGUUCAAGCCACUGACCGUCUAGAUGAAACUUAUCAUAGACCCUUGCUAGGUGCCCCUAACUUUAUUUUGGUUGGUGGAACUGACAUGGGAAGUGUGUGGAACUUGACAUCUGUAGAUCUUCUUGCUGUUGAUGGUUCAACUUUACAAACAAUUCCUCUUUCCCCUCUCGAUGCCCUUGAUGGGCUUUAUCACGGUGGUCCGUUUGUGCCACCUGGUCAGGACGUCUUAUUUAAUUUGGCUAAUUCUGGGUAUGAUAAAGAUGGUUUCCUUAUCAAAAGAAUCACGCCUACAGCUAUUAGUGCUCAGUCUGGUGGUUUGCCAUUGGUUGAGUUGCAAUCAGAAACACAAGUUUGGAUCAAUGGAUCUCUUAAUCUCCGGUGCCAGAUUGACUCUCUACUCCCAUUUACAUCCUGGUUUCUCAAAAACGGCAUGCCCAUUUCCAAGAAGCAGAAGUAUCAACAGACCACACUUAUGACAAAGAAAAUAGAAGGACUCACAGAGGAAAUGGGAGGAGAAUAUGCUUGCCGUGCAAGCAAUGUCAAAGGCCACAGCAGUGAUUCAGUUCACAUUAUAGUGACAGGACCUCCCCCUGAAGUUGUUACUGAAUCAAAAUUGGAGAUUCAUGCACAAAGCCAAGUAGUUCUAGACUGCCUCAUUGAAAGCAAACUGAAAUUUAACAUGACAUGGAUGAGAAUUUACAGAGAUUCACCAAGAGGUGAAGAACUUGUCGAAAAUAAUGCUCGGUACAUCAUCUUGCCCAACUCUUCAUUGGUUAUUGAUCCUGCUCUUCCUGAGGACACAGGAUAUUUUUCUUGCGUAGCAGAGAAUCAAGGAGGCAGAAGGGAAAGUCAAGUUGAGCUGUUGGUCUAUGAGCCUUUGCACAUUUCUACACAUCCUAAAAGUUUGAACUUCCAAGCAGGAGAUUCAUUUUCUAUCAUGUGUGAAGCUAAUACUUUACCUUCAGAAUUUUACUGGGUACAAGAUGGACAUAUUUUGCCAUACAAAAAUGUAGAGCGCAUGACUGUUGAAGUAAUUGGACACAGACUGACUCUUCUCAUUAAGAAUGCUAAGAUAGCUGAUCAAGGAGUUUACCAGUGUAUAGGAACCAACAAUAAAGAAACGGUGGAAGCUGGUGUAGAAGUAUAUAUUGUAGAAAUGCCUUCUGUUAAAAUUGGGAAAGAUCAGGUAAUGGUGAAGGCUGGCGAUCAAGUACUUAUUAAAUGUGCUGCUGAUGGAAUCCCAAAGCCAAAGACAAGAUGGCUGUGGCAAGGAAUGGAUGUGACUUCUUUGUCAAAUUUUAAGGUCUUUGAGGAUGGAUUCCUUCAAAUAGAUAGUGUUGUAGCAGAAAACUCUGGACAACUAGACUGUGUUGCAAACAAUUCAGUGGGUGAAGUGAAAGACUCUGUAAAUCUGACUGUUGGAUACCCUCCUGUUGUAUUGGAUAAAACUGAAGUUUUACAACUUGAAGUUCAGGGAUCUGGAGCCUUAUUGUGCCGUGGCUCUGGGAUUCCUCAUCCUCUGACACAUUGGGAGCGGAAAGAUGGUCAUGAUAUAGAUGUGACAAGGAUACACCAUAAUUCUUCAACAGGUGUACUUCUCUUCUCAGAUGCUAAAGUUACCGAUGAAGGUACUUAUAUUUGUGUCCUGGAAAAUAUAUAUGGUCGUGUUGUACUUGAAGAGAAAGUUAUUAUUACGGGGAUUGUUGCCCCAGCACUGGCAGAAAUGGAAUCUGAGUUUGAAGAGAUAGAAUCUGUUGUAGGGGUGGAUAUUGAGCUAACUUGCAAAGUAUCUUUAGGAAAUCCCACUCCAUUCAUAACUUGGUCCAAAGAUGGAUAUAACAUGGAUUCAAAUAACAAGCUUGAAAGAAUUGACUUCCAUCCAAACAACUCAUUAAUUAUUCAAAAAGCUGACCUAACAAAUGUAGGAAGUUACAAAUGUGAAGCCACUAAUGUUGGUGGAUCUGUAUCUCGGCAUAUAUAUCUUACGAUAAUUGAACCACCAAUUCUGGACAGCUCAGAUCUGCUCAAUCUGACUGAGAAAGUUGGAAACAAUGCUCUUCUUCCUUGUCAUGCUUAUGGAACUCCAUUACCGGAAAUACAAUGGCUGCAAAGUGAAAAUAACACCAUCGCGCUUACUGAGAGAAUAUCACUAACAUACGAAGGCCUGCUUAUCAUUGGUGUACGAUUAGAAGAUGCAGGACGAUACACUUGUGUGGCUACUAAUUCAGCUGGAUCUGCCAACAGAAGUGUUGCUCUGACAGUUCAAGAUCCUCCCCACAUUGUUGGUGAAACAGUAACAGAGUUGGUAGUUAAUGUAGGGGAUGUUGUCCGCCUUCCAUGUACUGCAUCUGGUGAACCUACACCUGAAUAUGUAUGGACUCACAACUAUGAAUUCAUGGAUUAUAAUGAUCAUAUCUUUCCAAGCAUAACCAGUGAUGGUUUGGUCAUAACUUCUGUUGUCGUGAAUGAUGGAGGAGAGUAUCUUUGUUCUGCCAUUAAUGAUGUGGGUACAGAUAAUAAAACUAUAACCGUCACUGUUCAAGAACCUCCGUUUAUUGAAUCUGCUGACUCCGUCAUAGUGGUUACCAAAGGUGAUUCAGCUCAGCUUAUGUGCAAAGCAAGAGGAAUACCUCCACCAAGAAUAGCAUGGACCUUUAAGGGUCAACCAUUAUUGACAAAUAAAUUGCAAGUUGAAAGUGAUGAAUCCAUCCUCGUCUUGUCGAACAUUCAAGAAAGCGAUUCAGGGUCGUACAUUUGCACAGCAUACAACUUGGCUGGCUCAGAUGCUAGGGCUGUUAGGAUGGUAGUCCAAGUGCCACCUGCAAUUGAACCUUGGGAACAGAGUUUAAAACUUUCGGAAGGUCAGGAUUUACUUCUGUACUGCCACAUGUAUGGAAUACCAGUUCCUCAAGGUUCAUGGUUUAAAGAUGGUGUGUCAAUAACACCCACAGAUGUCAUGAACUCCUCAAUACAAUAUAAAGUCCGUGCAAAACUCACAGAUGCUGGUAACUAUACUUGCAAAGCUGAGAACAUCAUUGGUAUAACGUCAAGAUCCAUUCAAGUCAGUGUAUUUGCCCCUCCGCGGACUUUGACUCCUACCAACAUAACUAUUAGUAAGCUAAGUGAAGAUGAUGUUUCAUUGGACUGUAUCACUUCUGUAUUGUAUGGAUACCCAGAGCCAACUAUCAACUGGACUUUCAAUGGAGAUCCACUAAUUGAAUCGAAUCAAAAUGUUUUUAUGAGCUUGGAUGGAAAUACGCUUAAUAUCCGUAAAGUACUUCUCUCACAAUCUGGUGUAUAUGAAUGUUAUGUUAAGAACGAAGCUGGCAACUCUUCAAGAAACUUUAAUGUUGUUGUUCAUGAACCUCCGUUUAUUUUGGAUGAAUUCCCAAAUAGAAAGAUUCUAAUGGAAGGGGAGGACUUAUCUAUACCUUGCUCUGCUAGCGGUACACCAAAGCCAGUCCUAUCGUGGAUGUUCAAUAAUGUGACUUUGAGUUUGAGUGAGGACUAUGAUGAUCUUCUGUUGAUGAAAGACAAUACACUUGUAAUUAUUUCCGCUCAAGCAAAUACAUCUGGUCUUUACACAUGUGUUGCUCAGAAUGAAGUGGGAGAACAUAGGCAAGAGAUAUUUAUUGAGGUUCAUGUUCCUGUUCCUCUGACAAGAAAUAAUGUUAUUCGUAAAGAAGUUGAAGAAGGUGAUGAUAUUAAGUUGCCAUGUAACGCCCCAGACGCCUCUACGAAGGAAUGGGAACAGGAUGGAGUAACCAUUGACAUAAAGGCUGCUAAAGAUCGGUCUGAUGAAGCACAUUUUAGACUUCUUGAUGGUGGAAAAUAUCUGGAAAUAAAUGAAGCUCGUCCAACUGAUAAUGGUACUUACACUUGCAUUACAUCUAAUCCUGAUGGUAGCGAGACACAUUUGAAUUACCAUCUGGAGGUAUUGUGGGCUCCAUACUUUGAAGAAUUUGGUGUCAGCCAGAAGAAGUUUACUGUCAAAGAAGGGAACAAUGUAACUUUUGAUUGUCUAAGCAGUGGAAGCCCUAUCCCUAAGGUCAUUUGGAAGAUAAAUGAUUCUUUACCUGUGACGGAGCGCACUUCCCCGGGUGUUGUGGUUCUACCAUCAAGCCGUCAUAUGCUAAGAAUACCUAUAGUGCGAGCCCAUCAUGAUGGCAUUUAUAAAUGCCAAGCAAUUAAUAGACUAGGAUCUGCUUACAAAACAUUUAUUCUCCAUGUCAUUGUUCCUCCCUACAUUGAAAAUGAUCCAGGGGAUCAUUAUGAAUUUCUUCGAGGUGAAACAGUAAACCUUGAGUGUCCAAUUCUGGGUGCGCCACACCCCCUCUAUACCUGGGAGCAUAAACGCAAUCAUCCAUUUGUUGUUGAUAGUGGUGCAGCUAAAUUGCAGAAGAAUUCUCAAACUUUGGUCAUCCCCAACAUUGACUUCUCCGACGGAGGUUUAUAUGUCUGCAAUGGAAGCAACCAGGCAGGCUUCAAGCUAAAAUACUUUAAUGUUUCCAUAAUGGGUUUACAGAAAUCUUCCUCCAAGUCAGAGGCACCUAUCAUUGAGGAUGCAGAAGAAAAUGAAAUUAAUGCUUUAGUGGGGAGUCCUUUAUCACUGGUGUGCACAGCCCAUGGACAGCCUUUGCCAGACAUACAGUGGACCCACAACGGACACAUGCUUUCAUUAGAAGACACAACAGAAACCUCUGACUUGGAUACUGCAUCUGUUUCCCAAACCCUUACCUUAGCUUCUUCUGGGGCCACAGAUAGUGGAAAAUAUGUGUGCCAUGCUACCAAUAAUCGGGGCACUGCGGAAAAAGUGUAUCGUGUCCACUUCAUAGUUCCUCCAAGGAUAAACGGAGUAGCAACGUCAGUUGUGGAAAAUGUCACAUCAGUCCAUGGGCUUCCAUUCAGUCUGCAUUGCCAUUCGUCUGGUGAACCCAUGCCUGUUGUGUCAUGGUUAAAGGAAGGUGCCAGCCUUAAAUCAGACAUGGUAAUCAAAAUUGAUGGUACUCGUGGAGAAACUCUUCAUUUUCGUCAUUCUUCUGAAGAGCAUUCUGGAAAUUAUACUUGUAUUGCAAGAAACAGUGCUGGAUCUGUCUCAAAGACGUUCCUCCAUGAUGUGUUAGUUCCUCCAUAUAAUCCAAACAACAUUGAGGAAUUAGAGGCAAACGUUUUACGUCAUAAGUCCUUCAGCCUUCAUUGUGAUUUUAGAGGCCAUCCAGAACCAAAACUUUUAUGGAUAAAAGGUAUCGAAGCAAUAUCGGUUUCCAAUUUGUCGAGAGGCUUGAAUCUUACUGAUAACGGCCGCACAUUGGUCAUAACACCAACUGAACUGUCAGAUGCUGGACGUUACUCAUGCUUGGGCUACAAUGAAGCUGGUUCUGCUGAACUCAUGUAUCAUGUUAAAAUUUCUGAGCCACCUCAGAGGAAUGAAGCAAUCACCAGUAACUUCACUCUUGUGACGUUGAAGCCUCUUCGAAGAUUUAUGUUUUUAUGUGCGAUGACUGGUUCUCCACCUCCAAGUAUAGCCUGGUUUAAGGGAGGUUUUCCAGUAGAGAAUAGUAGUCUUAACGGAACCAUUCAGAUAUCUUCUGACGGUCGGCAACUUCACAUCCUUAGUGCUACCAACGAUCAUGAAGGACUGUACAAAUGCCAUGGUGAAAAUGCUGCUGGCUCAACUAAUGCUUUCUUCAAACUGGAGUUGGACUUGCAAGGUGAUUGGGGUGAAUGGUCAGACUGGGGUUUCUGCAGUGUGUCUUGCGGCUUUGGAACCCAAGAGCGCAAGCGGGAUUGCCUCACUUCUAAUUGCCCCGGAGAAACUUUCGAAACAAGACCAUGCUUUAUGUCAAAUUGCCCAAUAAACGGAGGCUGGAGUAAUUGGACAGAAUGGUUCGGCUGUGAUCAACAGUGUGGCCAGUUGAAAAAGAAUCGGUCAAGAGAAUGUAAUAACCCAGAACCAGCCUAUGGUGGUCAUUUCUGUGAGGGAGAAGCCUUUGAAAUAGAAAACUGCAACCUGCCUUUGUGUCCAGUGGAUGGAGGAUGGUCCACCUGGUCUGAAUGGAGUGCUUGCAGUGUUACUUGUGAUGCAGGUGUUCAAAUUCGGCACAGAGAGUGCAACAGUCCAGAACCUGCUCAUGGUGGCCAAGUUUGUGUAGGACCUUUUAGUGACACUAAAAACUGUUAUAAUGAACCAUGCUUUGGCUCUUGGUCAGAAUGGUCUGAAUGGAGCCAUUGUUCUGCAACAUGUGGCCCUGGGCAAAGAUCUCGCACUCGGAAAUGUUUUUCGCAGUGGCAUGACUGCGAUGGACAUAAUAAGGAGUUUGAGUACUGCAAGCUGAGACUUUGUGCCAGAAAUGGACCAAAAACUGCACAUCUAUAUUUACAUGGAAGUUUGAAUGGAUAUAACUUCAGAGAUGAUACUCUUUAUGCCGAUAUAUAUGGUGAUGAAGAAAUCAAACGGAGCUUUAUUUCAACAAAACUCCAUAACAUUCGAAAACGUGAGGUACCAAUUCAACCCAUUGUGCCAUUGCUGGUAUCGCCCAUUUCAUGGAAUGCUGCAUAUGAGGAAAAAGAAGCCAGAAAUGGAUUUUCUCUCACCAAAGGACUCUUCAAUCAAGCUUCAACAGUUCAUUUUGCAACAGGCCAAGAAAUGGAGAUGAGGCAUAUAGGGCAAGGCGUUGACCAUGCUGGUCAGCUCAAAGUCGAUAUAGAAGUAAUUGGGGAAGUGCCAUAUGUACAACCUCGAGCUACAAUUGUAGUACAACCCUUUUCAGAGGACUUUGUUCAGACUGGCCCUAAUACUCUUUAUAUCACAUCAGAAGGAACACUCUCUGCUGAUGGCCAAGUAAUUCCAUAUUUAUGGAAUAGCACUGUGUCAUACAAUGCAGACGGAGGUGCAAUGCCGUAUCUUUCUGAGAAAAUGUCAACUGACCAUAUUAUUUCAAACUAUGAUCAUGAUUUACAAGAAAUGCGAUACACAGUUUCAACAGUUAUCUCAAAGAGGUUUGAUGAUAACAAAUGUCCUGAAGGCUUUAUUUUGAAUCCAGAACAACAGCAUUGUGAAGAUGUUAAUGAAUGUUUGGACAAUGCUUCCAAUAAAUGUCAUUUAACGCAAGUAUGUGAAAAUCUCCUUGGGUCAUAUCGCUGUACAUGUCCUACUGGAUUUCGAGCUUUGAACAUCGGCACCCGCUGUCUUGAUGUAAAUGAAUGUCUUCAAGAACCUGAGCUGUGCUCGCAUGAAUGUAGAAAUGUACCUGGCAGCUAUCACUGUAUAUGCCCUCCAGGAACUUACCUCCUAGAAGACAGACAUUCAUGUUCUGCAUCAUCAUAUUGGGAUGAUCCGGAUGAGACCUAUGGCAUGUCUGAUGUAUAUGGUGAAACUAGCCCCAUCAGAGAAGCAGAGAAGACUCCAGAGGAUUUGGCCCAGCCAUAUCAUAGCCAAUAUGAUGGCCCCCAGGAAUUUCAUCUGGCUGAAGAGGAGUGGGCCUGUGGUGAAGGUCUUGUUUGGAGAGAUGGUCAAUGUCAAGAUGUGGACGAGUGCCUGGAUGAUCCUGACAUUUGUGGAGAGGACGAGACUUGUUUAAACAUGCAUAAAACAUUUAAAUGCCUCUAUACACCGUGUGGAGAGGGAUUCAAACGGGAUUUAAUUAGCAGAGAAUGUAUAGCUGUUUGCAGUAGAGAGGUACCUUGUGUAAGUGGUGCUAAACAAGCUGAAAAGAAAGUUUUCAUGGCCCUACCUCUUGACACAACAAGCAAUCAACCAGGAAUGGACCUGGUGCAUUUGCACAUCUCUCAUGGCCUUGUUGGUCCCGGAAAACCAUAUUCUCACACCAAGUACUACUUUGUGAGUGAUCACAGAGGUAAAAUGUUUCAUUUGAGGCAAGAGGAAGGCAGUUGUGCUGUAUUCAUUUCCAAGAAGCUGAAGCCUGGAAAAGUUUAUAGGGUUGAAGUUCAAGGAGAUAUGUUUUCAGAGAGCACAAAGACUAUCCUAUUUUCUACCAAAUUUACACUUUUCUUCCAUGUCUUUAAAAGAGAAAACCAAUGAUGCAAGAGUGAAAAACUAUUUUAUUUUUGGUAGCUAUCACAAAUUCUGUAGCAUUUAUUUUUACAAUUAGUUAUUAAGGCCAAAUAUGUUUUCAGUCUCUUAUUGUAAACAACCAGUAUUUUCACUAGAUGCUAAUUAGAGGAAGACGAAGUAUUCCAGUCAGUUCGUUCACUAUUUGCUUUGUAUACAAUUCUGGGCAAAUGUAUGUGAAACCUUAAAUAUCUACUCAGGACAUCAUGAGAUUUGAAAUACAUGUAUUUUGGAAUUAUUUUAGAUUA